UCUCUCUCUCAUGCUAGAUCCAUUUCUUACUCUUGCUAUGAGACUCUUUUUGUUUUCUUCGCUAAUGAUUUAGUAUACCUCAAUCCGAGCUAUAUAUAGAUAUAUGGAGACAUGAGAACAACCCAUGCAAAUCAAACCAAACUCCAAAGUUUUCUCCGCAUCUGUACCUCUUCUCCAUCUCCUCCUCCUCCUCCUCAUAGUUGAUGUUGAUGCUGAUCCUGCUUCUGCUUCCCUAAAACCCCACAUAAAGUCUCUCUCUCUCUCUCUCUCGGGUGUACAUCUGUUUUACAGGCUGAGGACGAGAGAGUAAGAUGUCAGAGAUCGGAUACUGCCCGUCUAAAAACAGCAGCAGCCCCAGGCUGAAGCUGUUUGGGUUCAACGUGUCCGAGGGAGAGGAAACCGGGGUGGGCUCCGAUUCAUUUUCCCCCACAACCACCACCGCUUCCGGUAGCGGACGCGGAAGUGGUGGAGGAGGAGAGGAGAGGAAAUACGAGUGUCAGUACUGCUGCCGAGAGUUUGCCAACUCGCAGGCGCUGGGUGGCCACCAGAACGCGCAUAAGAAGGAGCGGCAGCAGCUGAAGCGAGUGCAGCAGCAGCAGCUGCAUCACAGCGGCGUCGGCUUCGGCGGUCUCCUUUACCCUCGGAAUCCGAUUGUCUCGGCUUUUACUCCGCCGCCUCACCUCCUCUCUGCUGGUCCGCCCUCUCCUGGGCCCGGCCAUGCCGACUGGGUCUACCAGCCGUCGCCCUUCCACGUUUCGCAUGGGUGUGCCUUCCCCUCCUCAUCCGCGCCCGGGGUUACACCAGGACCUGCCGUCUUCUCCUGCACCACGGCCGGCUACGGCCGCGCUCAUGUCUACGACGUGGCUCAGGUGACUACCGCACCAAGCUCCUACUCCAAGUUCUCCAUCAACAAGGUCCCGACCUCCACGGCCGUGGACUCGGCCGUCCGUGAUGACUCGUCCGGGCUGGACCUCAAGCUCAGCCUGGCCACCACCGGGUUAUGACUCGGUUAAUUCCCUGCGUCAUGACAGAUCUGGAGAUCAAUGAACGUUGUAAUUCCUUUUUGAUUUCAUCUAAUUUCGUAAGGUUGAAUGGGAUUCCAAGUAAAUAUUGCUUUCAUUUCCUCUCAA